GAAGAACCUACCCAAAUGUAUUUUAAGGGAGCAUUAAAAUUACUAAAACCGUUCUCCUCACAGUGCCGACAGAUCCAGAUCGGCCUCCCGCGGCAGGAAGCAGGCUCCCCGCCUCGCCUCGCCUCACGGCGCUCCCCGGGCUCCCUCCUGCCGGGCACCUCCUGGCCCCGGGGCAGUGCCGGGCCGGGCUCGGUGCCGCGGCGCUUGCGCAGGGAGCGGGCGGCGCCUGCGCGGCGCAGCCGAGCCGCGGUGAGGGGCGGGCGGCGAAGCGGGCCCGGGGGCGGCGGAAGCUUGAGGCGGGCGGCGGCGGCCGCGUCUUUCGCUCCCAAGAUGGCGGACGGAGGCGACGGAGGGCCGGCAGCGGCGGGCGGCCGCGGCCCCGCGCAGCCCCAGGAGCGGGUCUCGUGGUGUGAUGAAAGAUUCGACUUCCAAGCUACAUUUUUACAGUGCUUGGCAAAACAUGUGCCAAAUAUUUACUCAGCUGAGAUGGACCCCUUGCUGGAGAAACAAGAAGAAAUGGUUCAGGCAGCAAUACUUUACCCCCUGGAACGUUAUUUGUUUGGGGAAGACCCAGAGACAUUUCUAGAGAAACUACAACAGAGUGGAACAUCACAGCUCUGUGGAAAGGUGUUCAAAGGAGGGGAGACAACAUACUCUUGCAGAGAUUGUGCAGUUGAUCCAACUUGUGUACUCUGUAUGGACUGCUUUCAGAACAGCAUUCACAAGAACCACCGGUACAAGAUGCAUAGUUCAACUGGGGGUGGAUUUUGUGACUGUGGGGAUACAGAGGCAUGGAAGGCUGGACCAGUGUGUACUAAACAUGAGCCUGGAGCAUCAGGUUCUCCAAAAGAAAAUUCUGAAUGUCAGUUAAAUGAAGAAGUUAUGGAACACUCUAGGAGGGUGUUUCCCUCCGUGAUAAAAUACAUUGUAGAUAUGCUUAUAUGGGAAGAAGAGAAGGAACUGCCUCCGGAGCUCACAAUUAGUAGAGAGAAGGUAGACAGCUACUACUGUGUCCUUUUCAAUGAUGAACAUCAUUCUUAUGAUCACGUCAUCUAUAGCCUUCAAAGGGCACUUGGCUGCGAACUCAGCGAAGCCCAGUUGCAUACUACUGCCAUAGAUAAAGAGGGUCGGAGAGCUGUUAAAGCAGGACGUUAUGCUUCUUGUCAGGAAGCAAAAGAAGAAAUCAAGAGGCAUUCUGAAAAUGUUUCUCAACGACCACUUCAUGUGGAGGUUCUGCAUGCUGAUGUUAUGGCUCACCAGAAGUUUGCCUUGCGCCUUGGCUCUUGGCUAAAUAAACUCAUGAGCUAUUCAAGUGACUUUCGACAGAUAUUUUGUCAAAUAUGUCUCAAAGAAGAAACUGGAUCUGGAAAGCCGUGUUCCAUAAGCAAGUUGAUGCUUUGGGAUGCAAAACUUCAUAAAGGGGCAAGGAAGGUUCUUCAUGAACUUAUCUUCAGUAGUUUUUUCAUGGAAAUGGAAUACAAAAAACAUUUUGCUGUGGAGUUUGUAAAGUAUUACAAAGCAUUGCAGAAAGAAUACAUCAGCGAUGAUCAUGACAGAGUUCUCUCUGUGACAGCACUCUCAGUUCAGAUGUUCACUGUACCUACUCUGGCCCGCCAUCUUAUUGAAGAGCAGAGUGUAAUUACCACUAUUACAGAGACACUCCUAGAAGUCGUUCCAGAGUAUCUAGACAAAAAUGACAAGUUCAACUUCCAAGGUUACAGCCAGGACAAAAUGAACCGGGUAUAUGCAGUAAUAUAUGACCUAAGGUAUGUCUUAAUCAGCAAACCUACAGUAUGGACAGACCGUCUGAGGGAGCGAUUUUUAGAAGGAUUUGUUUCUUUCCUAAGGAUUUUAACUUGCAUGCAGGGAAUGGAGGAGAUAAAAAGACAGAUUGGUCAGCACAUAGAGGUGGACCCUGACUGGGAAGCAGCCAUUUCUAUACAGAUGCAGCUAAAGAACAUUCUCUUGAUGUUCCAAGAAUGGUGUGCCUGUGAUGAAGAGCUGUUGCUGAGGGCCUACAAAGAAUGUCAUAAGGCUGUGAUGAGGUGCAGCACAAACAGCAGCCGCUUACGGGAAAAGACAGCAUUUCAUUUGUGUGGCCAUACUCUGGAGAGCAGACCUUACAGAGUGUCUUUAGAUCCUGUCAGCAUACAUUUACCACUGUCUAGGACUCUUGCAGGUCUUCAUGUGCGAUUAAGCAAGACUGGAAGCAUAUCAAGAUUACAUGAAUUUGUUUCUCCUGAAGAAUUUCAGGUGGACCUGCUGGUAGAAUAUCCUUUGAGAUGUCUUGUUUUGGUUGCUCAGGUAGCUGCAGAGAUGUGGAGAAGGAAUGGACUCUCUCUGAUAAGCCAGGUGUUUUAUUAUCAAGAUGUUAAAUGCAGAGAAGAAAUGUAUGAUAAAGACAUCAUCAUGCUCCAGAUUGGUGCAUCUCUUAUGGAUCCAAAUCAUUUCCUGUUGCUCAUACUACAGAGGUAUGAGCUUGCUGAUGCUUUCAGAAGGAUCAAGCCCACCAAAGAUCAGGAAUUGAUUAAACAAUGUAACGUACUAAUAGAAGAGAUGCUUCAGAUUCUCAUCUAUGUUGUGGGGGAAAGAUAUGUACCUGGAGUGAGUAAUGUGACAAAGGAAGAUGUUACCAUGAGAGAAAUCAUUCAUCUACUAUGUAUUGAGCCGAUGGCGCAUAGUGCAAUUACCAAGUCCUUGCCUGAAAAUGAGAACAAUGAAACUGGCUUGGAGAAUGUAAUUGAUAAAGUGGCUACAUUCAAGAAACCAGGAGUGUCUGGCCAUGGAGUUUAUGAACUGAAAGAUGAAUGCUUGAAAGACUUCAAUAUGUUCUUUUAUCACUAUACUAAGACCCAGCACAGUAAGGCUGAACAUACACAAAAGAAAAGAAGAAAACAAGAAAACAGAGAUGAAGCAUUGCCACCACCUCCUCCCCCAGACUUCUGUCCUGCGUUCAGUAAUGUGGUGAGGCUUUUGAACUGUGACGUUAUGAUGCACAUACUGCGGACCAUCCUUCAGAGAGCAGUAGAACUCGAAACCCACUUGUGGACUGAAGCUAUGAUCCAAAUGGUGCUUCAUCUCCUUUCUUUAGGGUUACUGGAAGAGAAGCAGCAGCUACAGAAGUCUCCGGAAGAAGAAGUAACCUUUGAUUUUUAUCACAAAGCGUCAAGAAUGGGAAGCUCAGCUUUGAAUGCUGUAAACAUAUUAAUGCUUCUGGAAAAAUUAAAGAGAAUUCCUCAAUUAGAGGCACAGAAGGACAUGAUCAAUUGGAUACUGCAGAUGUUUGACACGGUGAAGAGAAUGAGAGAAAAAUCUAGUUUGACAACAGUAGCAGCUACAUCAGUCUCAGAAGCUACAAAAGGUGAUGAGACACAGAGCUCUCAGGAUAAAGAGAAAGCUGAGAGGAAGAGAAAGGCAGAAGCAGCUAGGCUACAUCGUCAGAAGAUAAUGGCUCAGAUGUCUGCUCUGCAGAGGAAUUUCAUUGAAACCCAUAAACUCCUUUAUGAAAACACAUCGGAGGCACAAGGGAAAGAAGAUGCUAUUAUGGAGGAAGAAAGCAUGUCUUCAGCAAUUGAUUACUCCCGAAUUGCUUUGGGUCCCAAACGAGGUCCAUCUGUUGUUGAGAAAGAAGUUCUGACAUGUAUUCUUUGUCAGGAGGAGCAGGAAGUAAAGCUGGAAAGUGCUGCUAUGGUAUUAUCUGCCUGUGUCCAGAAAUCAACUGCCUUAACUCAGAAUAGAAGCAGAAUUGUUGAACUCUCAGGGGAUACACUAGAUCCUCUCUUCAUGCAUCCUGACUUACCAUGUGGAACCCACACAGGAAGCUGUGGCCACGUGAUGCAUGCAACCUGCUGGCAGAAGUACUUUGAAGCCAUGCAGCUGAACUUUCGACAACGUCUGCAUGUUGAACAGAUAUUUGACUUGGAGAAUGGAGAGUAUCUUUGUCCACUUUGCAAAUCUCUGUGCAAUACUGUGAUUCCUAUUGUUCCGUUGCAGGCUCAAAAAAUAAACAGUGAGGAUGCAGAGGCAGUAGCUCAAAUUCUGUCCCUAGCUAGGUGGCUGGAAAUUAUCCUCGUCAGGAUAUCAGGCUACAGUGUGAAAAAUGCAAAAGGAGAAAAACAAAAUGCUCUGGCUUUCGUCAACAAGGGAUUGGGAAACUCUGCUUUAGAAUUCAAUUCUAUCCUUAGUUUUGGAGUUCAGUCUUCAGCCAAAUACUCAAGCAGUAUCAAGGAGAUGCUUAUUCUGUUUGCAACCACCAUUUACAGAGUUGGACUAAAAGUUGCUCCAAAUGAAGCUGAUCAUCGAAUCCCUAUGAUGACCUGGAGCACAUGUGCUUUUACCAUCCAGUGUAUAGAAAACCUCUUGGAAACAGAGGGCAAGCCUUUAUUUGGAUCUCUACAAAAUAGACAGCACAGUGGCCUUAAAGCAUUAGUGCAGUUUGCAGCUGCUCAGAGAACAACGUCACCACAAGUCCUGAUUCAGAAACAUCUGAUUCGUCUUCUAGGAGUUCUUCUACCAAACUUUAAAAUGGAAGACACUCCAUCCCUCUUAGAAGUAGAUAUGUUCCACGUUUUGGUGGGAGUUGUGUUAUCAUUUCCAUCUUUAUACUGGGAGGAUGCUGUAGACUUGCAACCUUCAUCAAUUAGUUCAGCCUAUAACCACCUCUACCUCUUCCAUCUGACUACGCUAGCACAUAUAACACAAAUCGUUAUCUCUUCAGCAAAAGAAUCCCCUACAGCUCGAUCACAUGACAACAGUGAAGAGGCAUGUUCUGCUCAGUCUUUCUGUAGAGAGGUUUGCCAGUACACUAGUGGUUGCUUUAGUCAGGAUAUUCCAGGCUGGCUUGUAUGGGAUUGUGUUAAAAAAGGCAUCAUGCCUUACCUUCGUUGCGCUGCUUUAUUUUUUCAUUAUUUGCUGGGAGUGUCUCCGCCUGAGGAGCUACAACAAGUUUCUGAAGAAGGGCAGUUCAAGGCACUUUGUAGUUACCUUUCCCUACCCACCAAUUUAUUUCUGCUCUUCCAGGAAUACUGGGACACUGUAAAUCCACUGCUUCAAAGGUGGUGUGCUGACCCAGUGGUGCUAAGUUGUUUGAAGGGGAAAAGCAUUGCAAUAAGAUACCCUAGGAAAAGAAAUAGUUUAAUAGAGCUUCCUGAAGACUAUAGCUGCCUUCUGAAUCAAGCAUCUCAGUUUAGAUGCCCACGGUCUUCUGAUGAUGAACAAAAACAUCCAGUAUUAUGUUUGUUCUGUGGGGCUAUGUUGUGUUCCCAGAAUACUUGCUGUCAAGAGCUUGUGAAUGGGGAGGAGUUGGGAGCCUGCACGUCUCAUGCUCUUCAAUGUGGAGCUGGAGUCUGUAUGUUUCUCAAAAUCAGGGAGUGCAAAGUUGUCCUCAUAGAAGGUAAAACCAGGGGUUGCUUAUAUCCUGCUCCCUACUUGGAUGAAUAUGGAGAAACAGAUCCAGGACUGAAAAGAGGCAAUCCCCUGCACCUAUGUCGGGAGCGUUACCGGAAGCUCCAUCUGCUGUGGCAGCAACACUGCAUCAUAGAGGAGAUUGCCAGGAGCCAAGAAACAAACCAGAUCUUCUUUGGAUUCAAUUGGCAACUGCUUUGAGUCUCCUGAUUUUAGGGAAAUCUCUUACCUUUGGCAGUGCUUUGGAAAAGGAAAGAAGAGUGGCAGUAAAUAAUCUACUCUAAAGUGGAUACUGUAGUUCAGACACAACAGAUGAAUUCUCUAGGUUUGAUGUAGUACUGAUACAUUGAAACAGAAUUUCAUGUCAUAUGUCUUGCUCUUUUUUUCCCCCCCAAAAAGCCACCUUGUAUAAUUAUUAUUUGAACAUUCAGGUCCAGAAAUAUUUUCACUUCUUUGACAAGUUGUAAUUGUUUCACAUGUUUUGAUGAGGACGCCUUCCCAAACCUUGUGCUUCAGGGCACACACAUUCUUUUCUUGCCUCAAGAGUAUACUUUUAAAUGAUAUUGUUAAGGAAAAAGUUGCUUUACUUUCUUUCUGCGUUUUUUUCCACGCUUACUGGAACUUUUUAAUAAGUCAAGAUCUGUGGCAUAAUGUUGGGGUGGAAGUGGUGCCAGGUCUGUAGUAAUCUGUAGCAACAGGUACAGCAAACAUGAAGCUGUGCAGAAAAAGCCUGCAUUCUGCUAUAUCCUGGGAUUUAAUGAAGAGUUUAUUAAAGAAAACUCUUCAAAGGAGAAGUGUGCAUAGAAAGUGCAUGGGGGAAUUACCAUCUUGCUUGUUGCAUCAAAAAUAAAGUCUGUGCUUUUCGCAUUGCCAGAACUGCACUUUAUCUAAUGAAUUUGUCCUCUAUUAAUGUUGUAUAUCCUAAGAGGUUAGAGCUACACUGUUUGGUUAUGUUGUGAUUAGUUUUACUUCUUUUAGUUUGUCCCCUGAGGUUUUCCCUGAGAGACAAGCAAGAAAAUAUUGUUAGGUAGUUGUAGUAUAUCUCUGCAAGUUAUACAGGAGCCAGAGACUUCAACAGACUAAAUCUUCAAAACUAUCACUAGACUAAAAUCAAGUCCCUAAACCAGCAAAUUUAAGAAUUGGGAAUAAGUUUGCCCAUGUUUGGGGAAUUUACCACCUUUCAUACUCUUGUCACAAUUGGAGUCCUAUUUGCAUAAAUGAAUGUGUUUUGGGGGUCAUGUUCAGUGGUUCAGUGCUAGUUAGAGCAGAAAAGAAAAAGAAGGUUGCUAAGUUGUCCCUUUUCCCUUUGGUAGUUAUUAAUACAUUGUGAUUGAACUCUCUCAAUACUAUGUGAAUCUAUUUCAGUUCUAAUUGUUUGUUAUUCUGUUUUCUGAAUUUCAACUAUAAUAUACUUGAGGGAAUUUGUAAGGCGAUGGGUGUAAAUGCUUUCCUAGGAUAUCCCGUUUGUGUCCAAGCUUGAAGUUAUCAGUGCUCUAAAUUUCCCCUCCCUUUGCUAUUUGGAUUUUUUGUGUAAGUUAAUAAGGCUCACAAGGGGAGGUUUUCAAAUUAAUAACUGAGAAUGUGUCUUUCUGUGAUUUUUUUUCUUACUGGCUAUACGAGAGUAGAAUCACAAAUUAAUGAGUUAGAUAUAAAUAUAGCUGUUCUCCUUGUUUCUUAAAGCUUUUAGAGUACAUGUGAGUGCACUGAGCAGUACCAGAACUCUCCUGAAAAUGGAAUACAGAUGGACUCAAACUUUGUUCUGUUUUCAAACACUUGUUAAAAAUAACUUUCUCUGUAAUCCUUCCCUGGUGAUACAAAUAGUUGGCUUCAGUAUGUUUUCCAGGUUUUGUUUUCUUGCAGUUAAGACCAUUCUCCUUAUUUUGACUUUUUUUUUUAAACCUGAAUAUACAAUUCUUUAAAGACAAACAUCAGUUCUGUAUACAUAGUGAAUUUAGAAAAGCAAUUGUGAUGAAGACUUGCAUGCACUGGAGAUUUCUAAGGUCAUCAAAACACUUCUUACCAAGAAAAUCAUUUUAAAACUAGCAAAUGUAUGUCUCAUUGAUACCAAAACUGUAUUCACUUUUUCCCCUCUGAUAUUUACCCUUUCAUUUAUCAAAAACUUUGAGUUACCUUGCACUUCACUGAUACAAAAAUCUGAUAUAUAUGUGGUAAGAUCACUCUUACUUUGAUUUGUCUGAACUAUAAUAUAUUUAUAAGGACAUGAGUUGGUUUGAUCAGGUGAGCUCCUGUUUAAAGCUCUAGAAAUAUCUUUGUAUCUGAAGAAGUGAGAGGAAGGGGCAAAGUUGCAUCUCUCUGUAUGUUUGCACAUACUAAUGAGCAAAUGGGCUCCGUGCCAUUCACUGACUAGUGUGGUCAUCUUUCAUUUCAUAAAUUACUAUGCAGUUUUGUUCACUGUGAGUAUAAUCUGUAUUUAGUGAUCGCAAGAUGCUUAUGCCACUGAUUUCCGUUCCAUCCAAGCUGACAGAAGAAAUUUGAUAAUGCACAUACUGGUAUCUUUAAUUGCAAAAAUGUAAAUUUGAAACUUGUAUAAUGUUCUUGUGCUUUUGAAAUAAAAUAUCUUGUAUAUGUAUAUUUAAAAAAGGAAAUAAAGUAACUUCUCUUAGAUUA